GUUCACUCAAAAUUGUCAAAACAAACAUCCAUUAAGAAAUGUAAAUGUCAGAGAAUUUCAAGUUCAAAGUUUAAAUAACUCAAAAAAUGUACGGCUACAGAAGAUAAUGAAAUAGUUGAAGCAAUUUUAACAUUCCGCCAGCCUAUAUGUCGUUUAAAUUCCGCAAAUUCCACAAUUCACGAUGACACAUAACCAACCUACGAAUUUUCCGUUCCACAGAAGCCUCUCGACCGAUCUGACGCCGCAACCGCCGACGAGAUCCUUCUUCAAUUUGCCCUCCAACACGGCCAAUCCGCCGGCCUCGACGUCCGCCCCGGCCUCCUUCCAACGGCGGACCGUCGAGAGCGCUCGACAAUUGCGCGACAGCUUCACCAAUGUGAUCAGAGAAAUCGAGCCCUUCGUGGAGCCGGCCAUGAUGGUCAACGCCCGCGUGGCCAAUUUCCUGAACCUUCCGCACACCGAGGGCGCCGCUCCCCGACCGGCCAACGAAGCAGACAGUUACUACAUAAACGUGGACGUUCCGGAGAACGCCACCAACACCGAACCCACCGAUGAUGCACCCAACAGGCAAAUCGUCGAAAACAACCCUCUGGUUACGGAUAACAACAAUACGGAGGAUCAGGAGCAGAACCAGGCUGUGAUAGACGCCCAGCAAUUCAUCAAAGUUUUGUUGAAGUACGUCCCGUUUGUGCUAAUCCUCCUAGCGAAGAGUGUAUACGAUUAUCACGAAGCGAUAUUCGUACUCAUAAUCCUCUUCAUUACGUUCGUACAUACGAAUUCCGUGGUUAAAAAAGAAACCAUAAAGCGACAACGAAGAAGCGUCACGACGUUGGGUUUGAAUUUGUUUUAUAUCAUGGCAUGUCUCGUUUUCGUCCAUUACGUGUUUUCCGAUGAUUUACACGACUUCAACGUAGUACUGAAUUUGGUGUUGAUACGAUCGUUUAACCACCCGUUAACAGUAUGGAAUUUACUGUGGAUCGUGACUAUAACGGAUUUCACUUUGAAGCUAUUGACCGUGUCUUUGAAGCUGCUGCUUACAACCCUCCCGGAUUUCGUGCUGGAAUUUAAAAAAAGAGGUAAAAUGUAUCUGUUCAUCGAAGCUAUCUCGCAAUUGUACAGGAGCAUAGCGAGCAUUCAACCGUGGCUGUACUAUUUGCUGGAAUCGUAUCAAGGCCCCGAGAAAAUUGUCGCGGUAUUUCUAUCGGCGUUCUACAUGAUUUCCAAAGGUUCCGAUUUGAUGUCGAGGGUUAAGCUGUUGAAAGUUACAUUUCUAAAAUUACUACAAAAUGUGAGUAUUGGUUCGUCCCCGAGCAAAGACCAGAUACAAACAGCCGGGGAGCAUUGUCCCAUUUGCCACGAUGAGUACGAAACGCCAGUUCUCUUGCAGUGCAGGCAUAUAUUCUGCGAGAAUUGCGUGACUACGUGGUUCGAUAGAGAGCAAACGUGUCCCCUAUGUAGGGCUAAAAUCGUGGAUGAUCCAUCGUGGAGAGACGGGUCUACGUCCUACUUUAUGCAGUUAUAUUAAUUUUAGAAUCUGAUUAGUUGACUAUUUAAUUGUGUUUACUGAUGAGUUUUUAAACGGUGUGUUUUAUUUAAUAUGUGCUUCUCAUGGGGUAAUUUUUGGGAACUACUUGUAGAAGAGCACUUGAUUUAUCUCUGAGAAGCUAAUAAAGAAUGCGAAAUGUCAUUGUUGGUUGAUUGUUUUGGAUAAUUUUAAUGUAAUUGAUUAGGAACUGAUUGAGUGCAUAUUGAAAUAUGUUGAAAAAAAUUGUUAAUUUUAAGAAAUGUGAUAAAUUUUAAUUUUUAAUGUUUAAAUGAAGAAUGUAAUAUUGUAUUUUAUAAUAAUUAUAUUAAAUCACUCGUAUUGUUA